AUGGCAGAAACCACGGAAUCAGAGACCACCAGAGUCAUGACUACUCCAGUUCUGACAACCCCAGAAAUCCUAGAGAUGAUUCUGCUUCAUACAGACAUGCGCACGCUUCUUACCUCCGCCCAACGCGUCUGCCGGGACUGGUUGAAUCUAAUCGCCAAGUCACCGUCAAUCCAAAAGGCUUUAUUCUUCACCCCAAUCAAAGAUUCCGAAUGGGGCACCAAGGAAAAGACAAUCAACCCGCUAUUAGCCGAGUCGUUUCCUCCCAUCUUCCCACCCAAGGACGGAUCGCGGAGCCACAAAUUCGACUUUUCCGAUUUAAAAUGGACUCAAGAUCCUUCGAGUAUGACUCGCUUUAUACGAAAAGAUGCUAGCUGGCGCAAGAUGCUCGUCCAACAACCUCCCCCUCCAGAACUUGGUCUAUUCAAUCUUUACCACGCUAGAGGCGGCGACACGGCCGCGUGUCUCACUAUCCCCGCAUACAAAAAGAACAAACCCCCCAAAAUCAAAGGUCUCCGCAUGUCAAGACUCUUCGAAGUCCUCCUAUUCAGCCACCAAGUUCAAUUCUCAAUCGGCACAAUCGCACGGGUAUACUGGUCUACCGAAGAACCCUUUGAAUUCAAUGGGAGCUAUGACAAUAUUAAUGCCGAGUUCCAUCGGAUGUUGGGCCAGAUAGGCGUUGUGCUGUAUACUCGCAAGGUCAUGCAGUGCACUAUAGGUCUUGAGAGGCCGGUGUCCAAGGCGGAAAGGACUAGGAUGGAGAUUAUUAAGGCGUAUCGGGAAGGUGGGUUUGAUGUUGAUGGUAUAAAAGAGGAGAUUGAGGCUUCGAAGAGUCCGAUGGUUAGGGAGAGGGGAUCACGGAAUGGGAAAAGGGAGAGGGAAUGGGAGGGGACACCGGCUAUUGUGGAAGGGAUACUCCGUAGAUAA